CCCGGCGCCCCUGGCUCUGCUUUGCAGGAGACCUACAAGCUGCCCCACCGGCUGAUCGAGAAGAAGAGGCGCGACAGGAUCAACGAGUGCAUCGCCCAGCUCAAGGACCUGCUGCCCGAGCACCUCAAGCUGACGACGCUGGGUCACCUGGAGAAGGCCGUGGUUCUGGAGCUCACCUUGAAGCACGUGAAAGCCCUGACCAGCCUCAUCGAGCAGCAGCAGCAGAAGAUAAUUGCCCUGCAGAGCGGUUUGCAAGCGGGUGACCUGUCGUCAAGAAACCUCGACUCCGGCCAGGAAAUGUUUCGAUCCGGUUUCCAGAUGUGUGCCAAGGAAAUGCUGCAAUACCUGGCCAAGCACGACAACGGCAAGGACCUGAAGUCGUCGCAGCUGGUGGGCCACCUGCACCGCAUGGCCUCCGAGGUGCUGCAGGGCCGCAAGGCCGGGGACGCCCCCCCCAAAAUGCUGGACUCCAAGGAGAAACCCGUCUCCUUGACCAAAGCGGGUGAGGGACACGGGAAGAACUGCGUGCCCGUCAUCCAGAGGACAUUUGCCCACUCCAGCGGGGAGCAGAGCGGCAGUGACACGGACACGGACAGCGGGUACGGGGGGGAGCUGGAGAAAAGUGACUCCAAAUGCGAGCAGCAGUAUUUCAAAAAGGAUACCGACCUCAAGUACGCCGUCCAGGAGAGAAUAAGCUCCAUUAAGCAAGAGACUGAGGACCCGCCGGCCAAACGGAGCCGGCUGGAGUCGCCGGAGGCCGAGGGCCCUUUCGGCAGCGACGUGAUGGGCUCCUCCGGCGGGUUCCUGGCCCCCCACGCGCACCAGCCCCCCCUGUGCCUGCCCUUCUAUCUCAUCCCCCCCUCCGCCACCGCCUACCUGCCCAUGCUGGAGAAGUGCUGGUACCCGGCCUCCGUGCCCGUCCUCUACCCCAGCCUCCCGGCCUCCGCCGCCGCGCUCACCGGCUUCAUGAACCCCGACAAGAUCUCCCCCCCGCUGCUGAUGCCCCAGAGACUCCCCUCUCCCGUCCCGGCCCAUUCCCCCAUCGACUCCUCGGCUCUGCUUCAGGCUCUGAAGCAGAUUCCUCCUUUGAACUUGGAAACCAAAGACUAAGCGCAGUGUGACCUUUUUUUUUUUUUUUCUUCCCCCCCCUUUUUUUU